UAUCUACUUAUAAUUUUCAUUUACUUUAUCCGUAUGUAUGUAUGUAUAAUAUAUUUAUAUAUUUUAGGUUACUCACUAAUCCGUGUUUCAUAAUAUCAUUAUAACGUAUUAUAUCCCGUGUCAAUCUCAACCUUGACGUUGGCAAAAUCAUCGUUUUGGCGAACGAUGGAGCCAUGAAAUGAAAAAAAAAAAAAGUACCUAAUAAAAAUAUUGAAAUUUCUUAUUCUUAGCUCUCUCUAAAGUAAAAAAAAAUCGACUUUUGAGAUCGUCGUAUUCCUCGUAUUCACGGUUUUUUUCUCGCUGCAGUUUUAUUGGUGCAAUAUAGUAGAUUAUCUUUGUUAGAUAUGGGUGAUAUAUUGAAGCCAGAAUUAAUAUGGGUUGAAGGAAGGUGCUAUAGAGUGAAUGACCCUACUACAGAAAUUACUGCAUUUCAGGAACAUGAUUUGUAUGAAAAUGAAACGACCAUGAACAUACCUGAAGAUGAACAUGAGGAGGAGGGGUUUGAAGUGAAACAGAUUGAUAAUGAUAGAUAUACAACCAGUCUACAUGUAUCCAAGCAUUACAUUGGCUACAUCAUUGGAAAGAAAGGUGCUAUGAGAAGUAGGAUAGAAAGAGACACAAGAACUGAUAUCAAAAUACCUAGGCAAGGACAGACUGGAGAUAUUACAAUUUUUGGGUCAAGUGUUGCGAAUGUAAAGGCUGCUAGAAAAAGGAUAAAUACAAUAGUGAUGUCAAUGAGAAUGAAACAAAGGUCCACACAUUUCAUUUCUAUUCCAGUGAAUGGACAAUUGGUUAUGAAGAAUUUUGAAAAAUUUAAGGAAGAGGUUCUAAAACGCUGUUCAAUGUGUAGGGGUGUUGAAGAUUCUUUGUUUAUUAAAGGAAGUAAAUUGCACGUCACUGUGGGAGUCAUGUGUCUCAUGGACAACGAGGAGAGAUUGCAUGCAUCAAAACUUUUUACCGAAGCUAAAGAGAAAAUUGUCAUGCCCCUCGUACGUGAUUACUUGCCGUUGAAAAUACGUCUAAAAGGUUUAUCCUACAUGAACGAUGACCCAAAAGAAAUUUGUGUUUUAUAUUGCAAUGUGCACGAAGAGGAUGCCCCACCAGGCUUGCUUCAAAGUCUGACAGACUCUUUGGUGGAUUAUUUUUAUAAAGCAGAAUUUAUGAGAAGAGAAGAAUUUGGUCGAGACAAAGUUAAAAUGCAUGUGACAUUGCUGAAUUCAAAAUACAUAGAUCGAUCUUCGGAAGUUCAGUCGGGUGAUGUAAGGAAUUUCAGGAAACCUAGAAUUACAUUUGAUGGCUCUGAGAUUCUCGAAAUGUUUUCGGAUUACGAUUUCGGCGUUACAGAACUGACGGACAUACAUCUUUCGCAGAUGCACACUAUGGGAUCAGAUGGAUACUACCAAUCUACAUGUGUCAUUUCCUUGAAAUAGUCUUAAGAGUUAUUUGUUGUUGUUACACCUAAUAAAUUUUAUUUUUGUGAAAUAAAUUGGUAAUUUACAGAUUCAAAAA